CUCGGCUGCAUCCGGUCUGACUUAACUAAGUGCAUGACGAGCUUCAUCUCAGCUCCAGCUAAACCUCGACACACAUCAGCUGAGUUUGCAUCCUCGUAGCUAAAAAUACAGGAAUUUAUCAUCACGUAAAAUUCAAGAUUAGCAUCUUACAAAGCUACAUUUCGCUGUUAAAACCACUCAAACAGCUGUCAUCUGAGCCGGUAACCACGGAAACGAGAGGAGAAGAUAACACAUCAGAAACCCGGCUAACAAAGAGGUCCUUCUUUCAACGACAACAUUUUUCCUCCAUAUUCAAUAGUUAUGAGUCAUGUGGCCGUCGAAAAUGUCCACGGUCUAGAGCAGCAGCUCGCUGUCCUAGACUUGAGUGCAGCAGAUGGACAAGGUGGAGGCCCUAACCCAGGAAAUGCCUUUGCUGCUGGUCGACCGGGUGGCUACACCAUAGCGCCCGCAGCCAACUAUGGUUGGGACGGGGGGCGCAACAACUUUGUUAACGGCUACCAUGACAACCGCAUGGGCGGCGGCAACACUUUCAACCGCGGCCCGCCUCGCAUGGAGAGGGGUCGAGGUGGCGUCGGAGGAGGUUACCGCGGCAACAGGGGCGGAGCUUUCAACCCCAUCAACCCAGCACAGCCAAUGGCCUUCGGUGGCUACGAAACUAAAGACGCAGGCGGCUGGAACACUGCCAAAGACGCCUAUGGCAGUUUUGGGAACAACCGAGGGAAGUCAGCAUUCUUCAAUGACAGAGGCAAUGCUAACAGAGGAAGGUUUGAUCAUGGUGGAUUCGGUGGCGGAGGAGGAGGAGGAGGAGGAAACAGCCGCUGGGUGGAGGAGCCCAGAGAAGAAGGAGACUGGUCCAAACCAACGCCACGUAACGAACGCCUUGAACAUGAGCUGUUCUCCGGCAGUAACACUGGGAUUAACUUUGAGAAAUACGAUGACAUUCCUGUUGAGGCCACAGGACAGAACUGCCCUCACCACAUUGACAGUUUCACAGAUGUGGACAUGGGUGAGAUUGUCAUAGGUAACAUUGCUCUGAGUCGCUACACCAGACCGACGCCUGUCCAGAAAUACGCCAUUCCUAUUGUGAAGUCGAAGCGAGACCUCAUGGCCUGCGCACAGACAGGUUCUGGGAAGACCGCGGCGUUCCUGUUGCCCAUUCUCAGCCAGAUCUACACUGAUGGACCAGGAGAAGCUCUUAACGCAGCUAAAGCAUCUGGACAGGAUAAUGGAAAGUAUGGGCGUCGUAAGCACUUCCCCAUCUCACUGGUGUUGGCUCCAACCAGAGAACUGGCACUGCAGAUAUAUGAUGAAGCCAGGAAGUUUUCCUACCGCUCCAGAGUGCGUCCCUGUGUUGUGUAUGGAGGAGCAGACAUCGGCCAGCAGAUCAGAGAUCUGGAGAGAGGAUGCCACCUGCUGGUGGCCACACCCGGGAGACUGGUGGACAUGAUGGAGAGGGGCAAGAUUGGACUGGACUACUGCACCUACCUGGUCCUGGAUGAGGCAGAUCGCAUGUUGGACAUGGGAUUUGAACCACAGAUAAGACGCAUUGUUGAACAAGACACCAUGCCGCACAAAGGCAUCCGACAAACCAUGAUGUUCAGCGCAACCUUUCCUAAAGAGAUCCAGAUCCUGGCCCGGGAUUUCCUAGAGGAGUACAUCUUCCUGGCGGUGGGCAGAGUGGGUUCCACCUCAGAGAACAUCACUCAGAAAGUUGUGUGGGUGGAGGAGAGCGAUAAGAGGUCUUUCCUCCUGGACCUGCUCAGUGCUACAGUCAUCCCCAGCGAGGUACAGGACAAUACUGGAGACAACAUAGAGAAACCUGGUGUCUUUUCUGUUCCUUCACCAGGCAAGGACUCGUUGACUCUGGUUUUUGUGGAGACCAAGAAAGGCGCCGACGCCUUGGAGGACUUCCUGUAUCGGGAGGGCUACGCCUGCACCAGUAUCCACGGCGACCGCUCCCAGAGAGACCGAGAGGAGGCCCUGAGCCAGUUCAGAUCAGGAAAAUGCCCCAUUCUGGUGGCCACAGCGGUAGCAGCUCGCGGUCUGGACAUCUCCAAUGUGAAACAUGUUAUUAACUUUGACCUGCCCAGCGACAUAGAGGAGUAUGUCCACCGUAUCGGACGUACAGGACGAGUCGGAAACCUGGGACUGGCCACAUCGUUUUUCAAUGAUAAAAAUGGGAACAUCACCAAGGACCUGCUGGACAUCCUAGUAGAGGCCAAACAGGAAGUUCCCUCGUGGCUUGAGAGCCUGGCCUAUGAACACCAGCACAAGAGCACCAACAGAGGACGCUCUAAGAGGUUCUCUGGUGGAUUUGGAGCGCGUGAUUAUCGCCAGACGGCCGCCGGGGGCACCGCUGGAGGGUUUGGAGGACGUGGAGGUCGCAACCAGGGAGGACACGGAGCAACCCGCGGGUUCGGAGGAGGUGGAUUCGGUAACUUCUACACCAGCGACGGCUACGGAGGGAACUACUCGCACUCUCAAGUCGACUGGUGGGGCAACUAGGUUCCUCCUUCCCUCCUUUACUCAUCCCUCUUUCUUCCUCUUCCACUCAUCCUCCUUCCUUUCUCCACACCGUUGUCUGCACCCCAUCCAUCUCCUCCCCUUCAUUAACCCCAAGAACCCACGUGCAUGUUAUUAAACUAUUUAUACUCAUUUAUAUAGCCCUCCCUCCAUCCCCCACACACUCGGAUCUUUUAAUUCUUUUCUCGUUCUUCCCAUCUCCACCUUCGUCUUUACGGUCCCUCAUCUUUUUUCUUCUUUUGAUUUCUUAAUUUCUGGUAAAUCUCACCUCUUACAAUAGGCCACAUUAUAAAGGGAUUCUUCAGUUUUAGUUGGUUAUGUUUCAACACCAGCUAGCUACCAGCUGGCAACAUCCUUUAGUUUCAGUGAGGACGUUUUGAACUAUUUUCCCUCUGUGGCAAGUGCUUGAAGAAAAUAACCAAUUGAAUGAAAGUUCUAGGUGUUCCUUUAACCCCCUAAGAUUAGAUGGACAUUUAAUAUUUACAGUGAGUUAGUCCUACAAAAGUAGAAGAGCAGGGGUAAAUCCAGUUAUUUUUUCACUUUAGAUUUGAGUUUUGGCUUCAUUGUGUUUUUGUCUGCAUUCACCCAAAGCCAGCCAGGCGUCCUGUGUACCCUCACAUGUCAUCUUUGUAUGUAACGCAUGGCCAUGUUGUAAAUCACCGGCCAAAAACUUUUCUAAAAUAUCGCGCAGAGAUAGGCAAGAUGUCAAAUCUGAGCAAAAUAUGUCUGCAUAUAAAUUCAAAAAUGGGAACAGGCUGAAGUCUCCAUUUACGUGAUAGAUAAAAGGCGGCCACAGAAACAGAAAUAUUUUUUUUUUUCACCUUUUUAAAAACGUAUUGAAGUCUUGAUUUCCAGAGAUCUGAGAAAGAUGUCUAACAGAGACAAAAGGGACAAGGGGCGGGACAAACUGAGACGCCCAGCCAGUGGGACGCCCAUUAGCAAUGAUGCUAGCAAACAGCAUUUUCUUUGUUUGAAACAAAACAUACUGGAGGAUCAUUUGUUUCUGUACUGUGCCUUUUAAGAAUUUGAACUUUGUCUCUUAUUUCCGUUGUUUUAAUUGCCAUAAUACGUACGUGGCUACAAGUAUUGGCCAACUGUGACUAAAAAAAAUGUGUAUUUAAUGUCAUGUAUGGGUUUAAACAUGUUUUUCUUUAUUUAUAUUUGGAAGGAAACAAACUAGGCUUGAACUAAAUCAAACCUUGGCAAAAAAAAAAAAAAAAAAAACUGCAAUGAGGAAACUCAAAGCAAUUCCUUAUCUGUCUAUUGGAGUUCAAAUUCGUCAGAAGGUCUCUGAUGAGCUGAUUCCCAAAAGCAUAUUACCACUGCAACCAUAUUUAUAUAUUCCUUUGAUAUACUCUCAUCCUGAGUGACUGAAAUGGGUCAA